AUGGAUUUAAAUAUAACAUCGUCUUUGACAAGUUCUUCCGACGUUACAAACGCUUCAACAGCUUCAACAACAGCCAAUGAUAAUGAUAAUUCAAAUAAAGGCAUUGAAUUUGAUCAAAACAAUGACUACAUCGACAAAGAACAGCAAUAUAUAGUCCCACCAAAGUUCAAUUUCUGGAAUCAACAAGUCUUCAAUUUAAGGUUUCAGAUAUCGAAGCAAUUCCUAAUUAAUUUAUUGAUCCUAGCAGUAUACUGUUUUGGAGUUAUAUCAAUCUACUGGGGUGCCUCAUAUGAUAGAAACCGAUAUAUUAAGAAGGUUAAUAUUCUAGCAGUUUUACAAGAUGAAGGUGGUAGUUCAAAUAUAUCCCAACUAGCGUAUGACAUUGUACAAGACAAAAAUAAUGAUAUAAAAGGUACUUGGAAAUUUUUUAAUCAAAGCUCAUUCAUGGAUGAGUAUGGUUUAAAUGAUACAACUCUAAUUAAUGACAAGAUAUUUAAACUUGUUCAUAAUCAAAAUUAUUGGUUUGCAAUAAAUAUUAAGGAAAAUGCUACUAAAGAUUUGGAAUUUUCUCUAUCAAAUACUUCAGGUCAGGUAGAAUUCAAUACGACAGAUUAUUUUGAAGUUGGUUAUGAAUCUGGAAGAGAUCCUUCAAAUCUCAAAAGUUCUAUCUUGCCCAUUGCUCAUAAAUUUGAAUCGAUCUAUAGAUCUCAGUACCUGUCAAAGACAUUACCUGGUAUUCUAUCUUCUACUAAUGAAACUAUCCAGAAUGAUAAAUUGAUAUCAGCCAGUAAUGUUAGAUAUAAUUAUAUUGAUUGGAGACCUUUUGUUAAUCCUGUUGUUCUAUCGCCAUUACAAGUUGGUUCGGUUUUUUCUAUCAUUUUAACAGUGAUUCAAUUUGGAUUAUGGGGUCCAAUAUAUUUACAAGCAUCUAAAAUAUUGAACUUUACCAAUUUUUCUGUAUUCAGAAUAAUUAUAUCAAUGACUACAUUAUUUUUCCUUUCAUUAUUUUAUUGUACUGUGUCAGCAAUGUUUCAAGUAGAUUUUACACUGGCAUUCGGUAACGCUGGUUUUAUGGUUUACUGGAUGUCAACAUGGUUAGUAAUGAUGGCAGUUGGUGGAGCAAAUGAAAAUAUGAUGUCCUUAAUUAAUACAUAUUUCCCACAAUACUUACCAAUUUGGUUUUUGACAUGGAUUAUUAUAAAUGUCGCGCCAACCUUUUUUCCUUUGGCACUUAACAAUAACUUUUACAGAUAUGGUUAUGCAUUCCCAACCUUUAAUGGCGUUGCUAUUUAUAAAGUAAUAUUUUUUGAUUUAUCAAAAAAUUCUAUGGGUAGAAACUAUGGGAUAUUAGGAGCUUGGUGUGUAUUGAAUUACACAUUGAUGCCAAUAUUUAUAAAGAUAAUUGCUCUCAAAAAUAAGCAGAAGUUAUCAUAA